UUUUUCUCUAUAGUCCUGCUGUGUGGUUAUCUGGCUCUCUUACUAUGUCUGACAAGCUUUCCUACAAAGUUGCUGAUAUCAGCCUGGCAGAAUGGGGGAGGAAGGCAAUUGAAAUCGCUGAGAAUGAGAUGCCUGGCCUGAUGAAGAUGAGGGAGAUGUACUCUGAAUCCAAGCCUCUGAAGGGAACCAGAAUUGCUGGAUGCCUGCACAUGACCCUCCAGACAGCUGUACUUAUUGAGACCCUCACAGCACUUGGUGCAGAGGUGAAGUGGUCCAGCUGCAACAUCUUCUCCACACAAGACCAUGCAGCAGCAGCUAUUGCUAAAACAGGGGUCCCUGUGUAUGCAUGGAAGGGAGAAACAGAUGAGGAGUAUAUCUGGUGUAUCGAGCAGACACUAUACUUUCCAGAUGGGAAACCAUUAAAUUUGAUCCUGUAUGAUGGAGGGGACCUCACCAAACUUGUUCACACAAAGCACCCCAACCUGCUGAAGGGAAUUAAAGGGAUAUCCGAAGAGACAACCACUGGUGUGCACAACUUAUACAAAAUGAAGGUCAAUGGCACCCUCAAAGUGCCAGCUAUCAAUGUCAAAGAUUCUGUUACAAAGAGUAAGUUUGACAACCUAUAUGGUUGUCGGGAGUCACUGAUUGAUGGUAUCAAACGAGCUACAGAUGUUAUGAUUGCAGGAAAGGUAGCAGUUGUUGCAGGAUAUGGUGAUGUUGGGAAGGGUUGUGCUCAAGCACUCAGAGCCUUUGGGGCACGUGUUAUCACAGAGAUUGAUCCAAUUAAUGCACUUCAAGCUGCUAUGGAAGGUUAUGAGGUCACCACCAUGGAUGAAGCCAGUAAAGAAGGGAAUAUCUUUGUUACUACCACGGGCUGUAUGGAUAUUGUAGAGGGGAGACACUUCGAACAGAUGAAAGAUGAUAAAAUUGUCUGCAAUAUUGGCCAUUUUGAUGUUGAACUUGAUGUGAAAUGGUCAAAUGAAAACGCUGUUAAAAAAAUUAUCAAACCACAGGUGGAUCAGUACUUGCUGAAGAAUGGCAGGCACAUUAUCCUACUGGCAGAGGGCCGUUUGGUGAAUUUAGGGUGUGCAAUGGGGCACCCAAGCUUUGUCAUGAGCAACUCCUUUAUUAAUCAGGUGCUUGCUCAGAUUGAAUUGUGGACCAAUACAGAAAAGUAUCCUAUGGGUGUUUACUUCUUGCCUAAGAAGCUGGAUGAGGCCGUGGCAGCUGCCCACUUGGACAAACUGGGCGUCAAGCUUACCAAGCUGUCUGACAAACAGGCCAAGUACCUUGGACUGGAAAAAGAAGGACCCUUCAAACCUGAUCACUACAGAUACUGAGAGCUCUUGACUCUGACCCAAAG